GAAGCGCCAGCCCUGAGCCGGGGCAGCGGCUGCAGAGGCUGCUCCGCCGCGCCGCCCGCCAGGCCGUUGGCUCCUGCUCCGGGCCCGGGGCUACCGGCUGUGGACUUCAAAAUGAGCGUCCCUGACUACAUGCAGUGUGCUGAGGACCACCAGACUCUCCUUGUGGUGGUCCAGCCUGUGGGGAUCGUCUCGGAAGAGAACUUCUUCAGGAUCUACAAGAGGAUUUCCUCUGUGAGCCAGAUCAGCGUUCGAGACUCCCAGCGUGUGCUCUACAUCCGCUACAGACACCACUACCCACCCGAGAACAACGAGUGGGGCGACUUCCAGACCCACCGCAAAGUCGUGGGCCUCAUCACCAUCACAGACUGCUUCUCGGCCAAGGAUUGGCCGCAGACCUUUGAGAAGUUCCACGUGCAGAAGGAGAUCUAUGGCUCCACGCUCUAUGACUCCCGGCUGUUUGUCUUUGGGCUGCAGGGUGAGAUCGCCGAGCAGCCACGCACCGACGUGGCCUUCUACCCCAACUACGAGGACUGUGAGACGGUAGAGAAGAGGAUCGAGGACUUCAUCGAGUCGCUCUUCAUUGUGCUCGAGUCCAAGCGUCUGGAUAGGGCCACAGACAAGUCUGGGGAUAAGAUCCCGCUUCUCUGUGUCCCAUUUGAGAAAAAAGACUUUGUAGGAUUGGACACAGAUAGCAGACAUUACAAGAAGCGGUGCCAAGGACGCAUGAGGAAACAUGUGGGGGACUUAUGCCUGCAGGCCGGGAUGCUGCAGGACUCCUUGGUCCAUUACCACAUGUCGGUGGAGCUUCUCCGCUCAGUGAAUGACUUCUUGUGGCUUGGAGCUGCCCUUGAAGGGUUGUGUUCGGCUUCUGUCAUCUAUCACUAUCCUGGUGGAACCGCUGGUAAGGCUGGAGCUCAAAGGGUCCCGGGCAGCUCGCUUCCUGCUGAAGCAGCCAACAGACACCGACCGGGGGCACAAGAAGUUCUCAUUGAUCCAGGUGCCCUAACCACCAAUGGCAUAAAUCCCGACACCAGCGCUGAAAUUGGACGUGCUAAGAACUGUCUUAGCCCUGAAGACAUAAUUGACAAAUAUAAGGAGGCCAUUUCCUAUUACAGCAAGUAUAAGAACGCUGGAGUGAUCGAGUUAGAAGCCUGUGUCAAAGCUGUGCGUGUCCUCGCCAUUCAGAAGCGGAGCAUGGAAGCUUCAGAAUUUCUCCAGAAUGCAGUUUACAUUAAUCUUCGCCAGCUUUCUGAAGAAGAAAAAAUUCAGCGAUACAGCAUCCUCUCUGAGCUCUAUGAGUUGAUCGGCUUCCGUCGCAAGGCGGCGUUCUUCAAGCGCGUGGCUGCUAUGCAGUGUGUGGCCCCGAGCAUCUCGGAGCCUGGGUGGAGGGCCUGCUACAAACUCCUCCUGGAGACGCUUCCAGGCUACAGUCUGUCCCUGGAUCCAAAAGACUUCAACAAAGGCACGCACCGAGGCUGGGCCGCCGUCCAGAUGCGUUUGCUUCAUGAGUUGGUCUAUGCCUCCCGGAGGAUGGGGAAUCCUGCUCUUUCUGUCAGGCACUUGUCAUUCUUGUUACAGACCAUGCUGGAUUUUUUGUCAGAUCAAGAAAAGAAAGAUGUGACUCAAAGCCUGGAGAACUAUACAUCCAAAUGUCCUGGGACGAUGGAACUCAUCACUCUCCCAGAUGGCCUCACGCUGCCUCCGGUGCCCUUCACCAAACUGCCCAUUGUCAGGCGAGUGAAACUGUUGAACCUUCCUGCCAGCCUCCGGCCACAGAAAAUGAAAAGCUUGCUGGGUCAGAACGUGUCAACCAAGAGCCCCUUCAUAUACUCACCGAUUAUCGCACACAACCGUGGAGAAGAGCGGAACAAGAAAAUAGAUUUCCAGUGGGUUCAAGGAGAUGUAUGUGAGGUUCAGCUGAUGGUAUAUAACCCAAUGCCAUUUGAACUCCGAGUUGAAAACAUGGGUCUUCUCACGAGUGGCGUGGAGUUCGAGUCUCUCCCUGCAGCGCUUUCCCUUCCAGCUGAAUCUGGCCUUUACCCGGUGACGCUCGUUGGGGUCCCACAGACGACUGGAACGAUUACUGUGAAUGGUUACCAUACCACGGUCUUUGGUGUCUUUAGUGACUGUUUGCUGGACAACCUCCCGGGAAUAAAGACCAGCGGCUCCACAGUCGAAGUCAUUCCUGCUCUGCCCAGACUCCAGAUCAGCACUUCUCUGCCCAGAUCUGCACAUUCAUUGCAACCUUCCUCUGGUGAUGAAAUAUCUACUAAUGUGUCGGUCCAGCUUUACAAUGGAGAAACUCAGCAACUUGUCAUUAAAUUGGAAAACAUUGGAAUGGAACCGCUGGAGAAACUGGAAGUCACCUCAAAAAUUCUCACCACCAAAGAAAAAUUGUAUGGCGACUUCUUGAGCUGGAAACUAGAAGACGCCCUUGCCCAAUUUCCUCUGCAGCCUGGAAAGGUGGCCACUGUCAUCAUCAACAUCAAAGUGAAGCUGGAUUUCUCCUGCCAGGAGACUCUCCUCCAAGAUCUCAGCGAUGAUGGAAUCAGUGUGAGCGGCUUUCCACUGUGCAGUCCCUUUCGACAGGUUGUUAGGCCUCGAGUGGAGAGCAAACCCGUGAACCCACCUGAGGGCAGCAAACCUGGGGACUCGAGCCACGUGAAGGUGAGUCGGUCCUGCACACGUGCAGUCUGCCAGGUGGCUUGGCACUCUUGGUUUCUGCCAAGCCUUUUCGGAGGCAAACUUUUGAGUAUUUUUCAGAAAGGAAAGGAAGCGUUGUUUGAUAAUACAAUUGCGUUUGUGGAAAGCUGGUUUCUCAGUAUUUUUCAUUCCAUGGAAUGUUCUGGAAAGCAGUGGCAAGCUUGA